GCAAAGUUCAUGCCAUACCGCUAUUUUGUAGUUUUUAAUCUGACGCCACUUCCUGCGUAACCGCUGACGUUCCGGGCGCGGAUUUUUAAAAACAACGAGAAUAAAUUGCGUUUAUUUUAACGCUAUAAAACGGCUCAGUAUGGCGUCCAUCAGAGACUAUAAUGUGGUGGAGCAGUUUAACAGCAGACUGGAGGAGAUCAGGGCUAAACUGCUGGAUCAGGCCAUGGGAGAGACACUCAAUGACAGGGUGGCAGAGCUCUGUCAGGAACACAGGCAGUACAUGAAGUCUGUCUUGGGUACUUGUUUUAAGAAAUGCAAGGAGGACGAAACCAUUUUUGACAUGAUAAAGACGUACAAAGAAGAUUUGAAAGAGAAAACAUCUUCACUGAAAGAGAAAAGCGCCGAACAUCUUGAGGUUGUGUCUGAGAUCGAAGACAAAGAGCAUCACAAAGCGCUUUUAUUCCAGAGGAUUGAGAAGCUCAAGAAGGAUCAGGCCAAAAACAGGGACCUGAUUCAGUCACAAAAUAAAGCCAACAAGGACAGACUGAAGAAGCUGAACAAAUGUAAAGACAUCUUUCAGAAGCACCUCAGUCUUGAGAUCAGAAAAACCCAAGGCGAGAAGCUGCAGUUUGUCUUCAGGAACGUCAGUCAUAAAGAUCCAGACAUGGUCCACACCUUCCUCCUGCAGCUCGACGCAGAGGGCGUUUACCACAUCAUCUCCUGUGACCCUCCUCUGGAGAAAAUGGCACAUCUAGAGCGCAGACUGCAGGAGACCAACAACUUCUCUGCUUUUCUUGCUAACAUCCGGAGAGAGUUUGUGGCGCUUCACAGCUGUGUAAAGACAGCCUGAUUGUCUUUUUUUUUUUUUUUUUUUUUUUUUAUUAUUAUUAUUUUUUUCAUUUCAAAUGCAUUUAAAACAAACAGUCAGAAACCCAGACGCCAUAUUUACAGACAUUAUCAGCACAUAAAUCGAUCUUUUAUUUACCUAAACCAUCGGUAGUUACUCAAUAUGAAAUAUGUAAUCGUUUCAGUUCUUAAUUUUUAACAGUAAACCUUUUAUACAAGUCAUAAAAAAACUCUUAAAGUGCUUUACAAUUUCUUAGUUUUAUACUACAGUGUCUAAAACGUAUGCGUUUCAUUACGUAAAUUUCUUUUUCACAAUAAAAUUCUAACAGUGGAUUUCAUUUGUAGACCUCCUUUCAUGAAAUAAAACCAAAACGCACA